AUGAGUGGAGUGCAAUACAGUAACGUGGAGAAGUCCUCCUCUUCGGGGAUGAUGUCCAAGGUUCUCGUGGCUCUCGGCGUGGUGACCUUCUGCGGCGUUUUCGCCAACGUCGGUUUGGUCCACCAAAUGCAGAAAGACGUCGAUCAUAUCGUUUCAGGUAUGGAACCGGAACACGCACCAAUGUCUACCAAGUCGCCUAUGAGCGGUACAAAUACGUGCGAAGGCCAAAAAAAGACGAUUGAGACGUAUUUUAAUGGUGCUCUCGAUAACGGGUCCUGCGCCGACAAACUUGUCGCCGGUGUUGAGCAAGCCGGAGGGAACGUUACCGUGGGUUACGAAGGAGGCUUGGAUGUGGGGACGGACGAGCCAAUCAAGGAGCCGUACUACAAGCAGAAACUGUGCCCGGUCAACGUUCACUGGCACUUGGGUGCGGAACAUCUCUCCGUCGGCCAGUACGACGAGACCGGAAGUGGACCAGGCUCUGCGUCGCACCGUAAGCUCCUCGCCGAAGGUGCUCGAUUGGGGGGUAGAUGCCACAAAUAUGAUUCCUCGGUCGAAAUGUACACCAAGGAAUACGACUGGCAACACUGCGUUGGCAUGAAAGUCGGCGAAACUUACGAAGUCCACUGGCCGCACUCUUCCGUCGGCGCGUGUGGUACGCCUAACCAAUACCAAACUCCGUUCUACGACGGGGUUCUCUGCGAUAUCGAUGGUCCGACGCUUGCAACUGUUAUCAGCGGUAACCAACUCCACCUCAACGUUGGUGUGCAGGCGCAAAUUUUCACCAUCGUCAACGACGAGAACUACUACUACCCUGACCUCAUGAGAGGCAUGAUCGUCGACGGCGACAAGGGGAGCGAGAUCACCUACUACACCGGUUCCACCACCGGUACGUCCAGAGACAACUCCGUGUGCUCUGCGUGGUCCCCAAUCACGUGGCAAGUAGACAGAACGUGCCAUCUCAUCUCCGCCUCGACGUUUGAUAAGAUGUGCGCCGACAUGAAGUCGCAACGCGACGAUAUGUCGGAUGACCUGUACGCGCACGGCAGUCGCGAGGUCACCACGGAUACGAUCACCGCAAACAACCAAGACUUCAACGGGCUGGCGCCGUAA